UGUCACUGUCGCACGUCAGAGUGUUCAAGGCUGGCCUAAUUUUACAAGCUGUCUUAUCAUCCUCAUUGUUACUUCCACUCCCAGUGUGUGGAAUUGGGCUUCACCCUAAUGUACUCCGAUUCACAGACAAAGGAGCCUGAGUCUGCCCAUGUCACAGUCAUCAUUGAAGACUGCCAGGCUGCCCUCGCUAAUAUUUAAAUGAGGCGAUGUGAAAACCCGCACCAUGCUCAUGUCAUAGAAGAUGUAGGACUGAGGAACUUUCUUAAGUGUGCUGCAGAGUAACAGUGCAGGAAGCGGCAGGCGCUCCUGAAAGUCUCCGUGUCUGUCCACAGCUGGAGGAGGAGCGGCUGUCUGUCAUCGACAGGGACAACCGCCUGCUCCUGGAGAAGAUGUCCUACAUCAUGCGGACCAAGGGCCAGACUGACAACAGAAACGACGACCAGCGCAGAAGUCUAAACAGGAGAAAAAGAGAACAGGAGCUUUGCAGAGUGCGAAAAGAGAACAAAACCAUUCUGGAACGGAUCACGAAGUCGGAACCCUGGUAUCAAGCUCAAAGAUGGCAUGAAGACUGGGAAAGGAUUGAAAAGUACAGGGAUGCCAUUAGGAAAUACCCACGAAGAUGGUAUAAUACACCAAGUGGAAAGCAGGAGCUGAUACAGAAAUUCAGCAAGGGCAAAUCAAAGACUGGACCCAAAAAAGUGACAUGGAAAAAGGAUGAGGAUUCAGAACACAAGUUGGCAAAAGAAGACAACAAGGCUGAGGAAAGAGGUGAUGGAGGAACUGACAGGGCCAUUGUUGCCUGCUGAAGGGUCAGCUGACCUUUAGGAAUGUUAUCACACUGGGGACAGCUGUUAGAUGUGCAUGAGGCAGCACUCUAAAAAAAUCGUGUAUGUUUAAACAAUGUAUUUGCAGAUGAUGCAGCAAAACUAUUUUUGUGCUUCUUAGCCUGAUAACUGAAAACAAAUUAUGCAGAGUAAUAUUGAGAGUUAAGAGGUUUUGUAGUUAGUUUUUUUUUCUCUCUCUCUAGCUAUGAAUACUUUUUCCGUUACUGUAUUUUGUGUGGUUGGGAUUUGCUUGUCAUUCCUAGCUGGAUUUGUGUAAUUUACCUGAAAAACUCUGUGAUUGGUAGUUUAACGUAUAUCUGAACAUAUUAGAUUAAAGUUCUUCAACAUGAUGGAACUACAAUCUGCCUCCAGAACAUAUAACCUAAGAUACUAAAAGGGCCCAGUGGAUUGGGGCUAGAGAAAUUAAGACAUGUGGUUGAAACAGUCCUUGGGACUCCGUUUAUUUUCUGUCACUCCCAAUUAUGAUCAUGUUUAAACUAUUCCACAACGAUAAGCAUCUAUCCUAUCGUUAAUGCCUCAAAAUAAAUAAAUUAAUAAAAAGAUUUAAAAGACUCAC